CUCCCCUCGACCAUGAACACCCUCCUGGACAAGUACGGUCGUCUUGGUGUUGACGUUGCCUCUGCUGCUACUUCUGUUGGGUUUGCCGCAGCUAAAGCGGGCACCAGGCUCGGCUUUGGCAUUACCAGAGGCAUUGCAUGCUCUGCUGCUGGGAUCACUGGCUCGGCCCUCGACUUUGCUUUUGGUGGGAGACUUGGGACAAGCGUCGCAUUCGGUAGUGCGGUCGCGUCCGCCAUCACGGCUGUGGAACAGCUCGCGCUCCUUCCAAUCAUUCUAGGCGAGAGUCUUACUUCGGCAUCCAUCGUCGCGGCAUACGGAUCUAUCAACACCCUUACCGUCAUCUUUCCCGGCAGUGACGAGACGUCAUUUUCGCUCGGCUCUUUCAUCACGCUUGUACGCCGGGAGUGGAAUGAUCCGGUGCUUGGGGAGCACUUGCCAGAAGAGAGGUACAGCGUGACCGAGGUUGCAAAAGCUCUAGUUGCUUGGGGUGCACUACAGGGCGUCACGCAUGACUGGCAGGUGAAGAAAUGGAUGAAGCAUCUCCGAGAGAUGCCUUUCCACGACGAAUCAGACGCGGAUAGGCCGCGCAAACGAACGGAAUCGCGUAUCAGCAUCACCGCAGAUGUCGUCUUUCCAGGGAAUAAAGGUCAGAUCAUCACGGCGGAUAUCACAGAGAUCGACGUCGACACACUACAGCUGCCAAAGCCCAAGUCGAAGGCACGUUCGAAGGCCCCGGUGAUGAAGCCCCUACGAACACCUAACAAAGAACUCAAGCAUACUCUGCGGCGCUUGUCCAAGAUGGUACUCGCGGGGUAUGGUGGCGCUUCUCUCCUUUUCUUCGGCGUAUCCCCAAAUCCAGAUCAUUCAUCCUCAUCUGUACCUGAAGGAGCCCCCUCUGCAUUUCCGAGUGGGGAGGAGGUUGCUCUCUCUCAGGCCAUUGACGCAUCCGAAGCAGAAGCUGCGAAAAUAUCGGCUGGCCCGACAAAGGCUGGUGCGCUAGGAAUAGCCAAUGUCAAAGUGCCUGUCACUUAUUCCUGGUGGGAUGUUCUACUUGGGCGACACGAUCGCGACAUAUUCAUGGGUUCUGCCACUGCUCCAGGCGAGUCACACUCUCGACCCCUCACAGCUGUCGUCGGCGACGAACACCGCAUGCCCCGCUUUUGGGUCUUGACGGAUCACUCCCGACGGCAAAUCGUCCUCGUUUUCCGUGGGACGAUGUCUCUAAAUGAGAUUGCCGUGGACUUGACAUGCGAACCGGAGGAAUUCGAACCCGCUAGCACGACAGACUUUGAACCAGAGGAAGAGCACCUUGCGGCAAGGGAGCAAGAAGGGGAAGGAAUGCCUGGCGGCCUGCCCUUCCCUACCGUAGAUUUGCAAAUGCCGAAAUCUACCUCGCGCUCGACGUGGAGCAGGAUGAGGACAACCUCGUUCAUGUCAGUUGCGAGCUUCGCCGCAACCGGUUCGCCGACAUAUUAUGUGCAUGGAGGCAUGCUCCGGAUGGCCAGGGCCAUGGGGGAAAGGGGCAAGCCUGUGCAUGUUGCCGUACGUGAUGCAUUGCGGAAGAAUAAGGGUUUUGAGCUUGUAAUGUGUGGACACAGUCUCGGGUCUGGUGUUGCAGCACUUUUAGGAUUGAUGUGGGCGGACCCAAAGACCUGCUUGACUGUUCGAUCGAGUGGCCUUCCCGUGGGUAGGCGAGUAUCCGUGUAUUGUUUUGCGCCACCGUGCCUCACUGACCCGCAUCUCGGUGCUCUUGCAGCCAACCUCAUCACAUCAUUUGUCUACUCACACGAUGUAGUAUCACGACUCUCACUUGGCUCGAUACGAGACAUGAAUCGCGCCGCAGUAUGGCUAUGCAAUGCAAACGCGCAUGUCAACGGAAAAGGAGGCGGUCAAGAGGGCUACUCGGCUGUCACAAAAAGGGCGCUCAAGUGGAAAACGGGUUUCGGAAGCGCAGAGGAUCCAGUUUGGUUCCUGGCGACUCGCAAGACGCUCGAGGCGAAUAUGACGAUGGCGAACAUGUACCCGCCAGGGCGUAUCUUGUGGGCUGUUCGUGACGAGGAUCUCGAAAAUGCAGUUCCUCCCGGUGGAGACGCGAAGUACAGUGCGGCUUACGCUCCGCCGAAUCACAUUAAAGACCGGUUGCGUCUAUUUGAAGUGCUAGAUGUUGAGAAGGUCUUCUCUCAGAUUGUGUUUGCUCGCGAUAUGCUCAGUUCACAUUUACCACAUCAGUAUGACAAAGUGUUAGAAGCGCUCCUGUAGACCUUUCCGAUGUGUUGUAUAACUGACUCGAGGAGAGAACGCACUUCUACUAUAAUACCCUAUGGACGGACAUUUGUGCUCACGAGGGGACCCCUUGUUAUAUCUUGGAUAGCUGUACUACGAUUGUAAUACCGUACAAUACCAUUCUUACAUACCAAAUCGGAUCUUGUGUUACAG